AUGAGGUCCAUGAUGAAGAAUUAUCAAGAUACAAAGUUGAAAGGCAUUGGGAUGUAUUUUUUGAAUUUCUAUUUUUAUCAUAUGCUAUUUUUUAUAUUGUUAGGACCUUUUGUUGUCUUAUUUCAAUUUAAAUAUCCAGGAAUUAUUUUGUUAAAAAACAUGAGGUUUUUAAAGCACUCUUCAUCAUUUUAUAUGUAAACUCUUUUAUGGAUGGGAUCAGUAUUAGGUGGUUUAAUGUAUUCUAUAAAAAACAAAAGUGUUGCUACUAUGACAGAAAUUAUAUUUAUGUGGCUUGCUAUCACAACUCAUUCAGUUGUAAUAGCAGCUAAAUAUGCUACUUAAUGUACUGCUAGAAUAAAACUAUAUAAAACUUAAGAACUUCUAGAUGAAAUGUUAAGUUUUGAUCUAAUGUUUUAAGAUUGGUUUUGCUAAUCCUCUAAAGUCUUAUUUUUAGAGUAAUAUAGAACUUUAAGAAGACAUGAAUAGGAAUGCACUUUAUAUAAAUUUGAUUUUCUAAUUGAACCAAGUAUAAAAAAAUCUGAAGCUAUCAAAAAUACUAAUAUAUCUUUUUAUUUAGAAUGGGCUAUAAAAUAAUAAAUGAAAUAAACUGAUCCUAUUAUAUAAUACGUUUAUUAUAAUGGAUUUCACAUAUUUGGUUACUUAGCAAACUAAUUUUAAUAAAAUAAUCUUUAAUCUUCAUUUUAUAAAUAUUUGAUUUCAUUGUUUUAUUUUAUGGAAUCUCUCCUAUUUAUAUUAGAUUGA